GUUGUUUACAUCGUCACCGGCCUCAGACAUCGAUCGACUGUCUGGCCACGUCCCUGCCACGUCUCGACGCGACUGAUAUAUAUUCGACAACCUCGUGGCAGAGCUCAUUUCAUCGGACGCACGCUACGACCACAUUUUGCACCCUCCAAUCCAAACGCCUCCACACAUCAGAAUUGCAUAUGGCAAGAAUGGCGUCCAGCAAAUUCGUCGAAAUUCUCGACACCCGCGAUUUGCCUUACUCCCGCGAGAACGUCAGUCUGGAAGAUGUCCUAGCCGCGCAUCGUUCGAGGACUGGAUCACAGGACAGCCUCAACACGACUGCCAGCUCCAAGUCGAGCUCGCCGACGAGCCCGACGUAUCACAGCGCGCCGAUGAACCCGCUCAAGACUGGACUGCGGCGGCUUUCGAUCAUGAAGAAACCUUGAACGUAUCACCCAUGGGAUCUGGAAAUUUAUUCAAUUCAAGCAUAUCAAUGCGGACGGCGCAAGGCGAUCUUAUGCACUACU